CUGUCCCUCCCCUCUUCUCUGGCUCUCCUCCAUUCACGCCCGCCACCCCCGCCGAGCUCCCAUCAGGAAUACAGGCACACCCCGGAGCUCGGAGAACCGCCCCGCCGCCACACUCUCAGUUCUAGGACCACCGUGGCUGCCAACGAAGGAUGCCAAUCACCGGCAGCCUUAGCCAGAUCCCCAGGAGUUGAGUAAAAACAUCUGGUUGAGGACAGAAAGGAAAUGAACAUAGCAACCUCUAAAGCUCGAAGAAAUCCCAGUAUGCAAAUGAAUACAGGAUCCCGAGCAAGGAAAGAGCAGGAUAUCUCCAGCUACUCAGAGGACGUGGAACACCACAAACAGGAACUUUAAAGGGAUUGAAAUCUGUUGCCUGUUCCACUAGGAAUAUUGUUUGCAAGGCACAAGGUGUCUUUUGGUAGUGAGCACCCUCUGCGCAUGCGCAGGUCCUUUCGGGAAUUACUGCCCUGCCGCCGACUAAGUUGCAUUCCUUGAAUCUUCGCAGGAAAGACAAUUCUUUAAUCAGAGUUAGUAAUGUGGACAGUACAAAAUCGAGAGAGUUUGGGGCUUCUCUCUUUCCCUGUGAUGAUUGCCAUGGUCUGUUGUGCACACAGCGCCAAUGAGCCCAGCAACAUGUCAUACGUGAAAGAGACAGUGGACAGAUUGCUCAAAGGAUAUGACAUUCGCUUGCGGCCGGACUUUGGAGGGCCCCCUGUGGACGUAGGGAUGCGGAUCGAUGUCGCCAGCAUAGACAUGGUCUCCGAAGUGAACAUGGAUUAUACACUCACCAUGUAUUUCCAGCAGUCUUGGAAAGACAAAAGACUUUCUUAUUCUGGAAUCCCACUAAACCUCACGUUAGACAACAGGGUAGCUGACCAACUCUGGGUGCCAGACACCUAUUUUCUGAAUGACAAGAAAUCAUUUGUGCAUGGGGUUACCGUGAAAAAUCGAAUGAUCCGACUGCAUCCUGAUGGAACAGUUCUCUACGGACUCCGGAUCACAACCACAGCUGCAUGUAUGAUGGACCUACGAAGAUAUCCUCUGGAUGAACAGAACUGCACUCUGGAGAUUGAAAGUUAUGGCUAUACCACUGAUGACAUUGAGUUUUACUGGAAUGGAGGAGAGGGAGCAGUAACAGGAGUUAAUAAAAUUGAGCUUCCUCAGUUUUCAAUUGUCGACUACAAGAUGGUAUCCAAGAAAGUGGAGUUCACAACUGGGGCAUAUCCACGACUGUCACUAAGUUUUCGUCUCAAGAGAAACAUUGGUUACUUCAUUUUGCAAACCUACAUGCCUUCCACACUGAUUACAAUUCUGUCCUGGGUGUCUUUUUGGAUCAACUACGAUGCAUCUGCAGCCAGAGUUGCACUAGGAAUCACCACUGUGCUGACAAUGACAACCAUCAGCACCCACCUCAGGGAGACCUUGCCAAAGAUCCCUUAUGUCAAAGCGAUUGAUAUUUACCUGAUGGGUUGCUUUGUGUUUGUGUUCCUGGCUCUGCUGGAAUAUGCCUUUGUAAAUUACAUCUUCUUUGGAAAAGGCCCUCAAAAGAAGGGAGCCAGCAAACAAGACCAGAGCGCCAAUGAGAAGAACAAACUGGAGAUGAAUAAAGUUCAGGUCGACGCGCACGGCAACAUUCUGCUCAGCACCCUGGAAAUCCGGAACGAGACGAGCGGCUCGGAGGUGCUGACGGGCGUGAGCGAGCCCAAGGCCACCAGCAUGUACUCGUACGACAGCGCCAGCAUCCAGUACCGCAAGCCGCUGAGCAGCCGCGAGGGCUACGGGCGCGCGCUGGACCGGCACGGCGCGCACAGCAAGGGGCGCAUCCGCCGGCGCGCCUCGCAGCUCAAAGUCAAAAUCCCCGACUUGACUGAUGUGAAUUCCAUAGACAAGUGGUCCCGAAUGUUCUUCCCCAUCACCUUUUCUCUUUUUAACGUCGUUUAUUGGCUUUACUACGUACACUAAGGUCUGUCCUCAUGGUCCUCUUGAUUCUUAACCCCGCAGGCGCCCCCACCUCCGUGCCCCCCACCACCACCCCCACCCCCGCCCAGCAGCAGCGAUCCUGCUGUUUUUUGAGGUAAGAGAUUCAGCCAUCCAAUCGGUUUUAGGCCUUGCAUAUCAAUUUUAUUACUGCACCAUGUUUACUUCCAAAAACAAAACACCCACCCACAUACACACACACCAAAAACUCUGUGUUUUUUUUUUUUUUUUCCAGUCUACUGUGGUCCAGGUUAUCCGCUCUUUCAGAGCUCUAGUAAUUGCCAUGUUUACAAACACACACACACACACGCACACGCACACCACACACACACACACACACACACACAGAGGAGUUAGAUAGAUCUUUAGCAGUCCUCCCUACUUACCCUGGAUUUUACUGAUUUAUUUCUUAAAUGCGAUUGGAAAGAGGACCUAGCUCUGUGCGCGCACCGCUUCCUGGUAAACUGUAACAAUCUCAUGCUGCCAAAAAACAACACAAUUUCCAGGAUCUCAGAAGAAAAAAACAAAGCCAUUGACAAGUUACAGAUUUCCAGGAAGAAGGGGGGAUAGAACGAGCCUAGACAGGAAGGAAGACUCCCCUCCAGGCUCAAGUCUCCAAAACUCCCUUGUAGAAGGGGUCCCGGCUCCACGGGAGAGGAGGGAGGGAUUGACAAGGGCGGAGGAGUUUGAGCCCCCAAAAUCUGCCAUCCUCACCGCACCAUUAAACUGGAUAUUCUGGGGGAAAACAAAAACAAAAACAAAAAACGCUUCCUUCUCCGAAUUCAAAUUAGCACUAGAAUCCAUCCUGGUGGCCAUUGAGAACAUUUUUCUUUUGUUGAGAAUAAGGAAUCUGGGGCAAAGGUGAUUUCCUUAACUAUUCAAAUGAGCAGCCUUGAACUCAUUUCAUUGCCUCUGUGCCCUGAAGCCAUGCCUGUGAAGGUCCCCUGUCCCUGCUCCAGAGAGUAAGGGACGAGAAUGGAGAAAGAGGGCUUCAAUAAUGGGAGAGUGAGCAUUUUUUUGCUUGGGAAAAAAAAAAAAAUUUUUUUUGUCCUUUCCAUGAGGAAGGCAAGUCUUAUGUGCUGUGAAAAGGGUGCCUGGGCAGUUACUUAAACUGCCAAAUCUUCAAUCAAAUAGUAUAUAUUUCUUAGCCUUCCAGAGAGCAGCACCUAAUGGUGACAGGUCUUGUUGGACAGGCCUCAGCGAGCACCUUCUGGCUCUGCUCUCUGAGCUCUGCAUUCCAGAGUAUGAAAUGAACGCUUCAGGAAAUGCACAUUCACCCACUUUGCUGCCCUUCUCCUCUGAGGCCAGAUUUCUAUUUUUUAAAGAAAAACUUCAAAAGCAGAAAACCACAGAUAACAACAACAAUGACAGAAUCACUGGGCCUUCAAACAUGCAUACCAGCCCCUAAAACAUAGAACGUGUCCGGACUCGUGAAUCAUUGUCAUUGCUGCUCUGCCUUAUCUCUGCUCAUGGGUUACCGUAGUCACGAGUCGCUGAAGGGGCAUCCCUCAUAGGCCCAACACACACUCCUAAACAUGUCCAACCAGCUACACUGGGGUUUAUCCCAUUUUAUGUCAUUAAAGCCUCUUCCCCCCCCCCCAGUCUAGAGAGUAGCUAAGAAUUCUCUAUGUUCAUUUGCAAGGUUGAGUGAGACCCUAAAACAACCAACCAGUGAUGGAGGCAAUUUGUUUGGAAUCUGAUCUCUGGAUGUCAAGUAAGGGUUGAGGAUGAUUGCAUCAUUUGAUGAUCUGGCUUUCUCCCUAAGGCUGGGAUGAGGGUCUAUGUUUACAAAAGCAUCAGCUGCUAGAAAUUAUAGUCUUACUUGGAAAGAUAAGGCCAAAUUCCUGCUGAUAACCCCAAGGGGACAGAGCAUUGAGAUACUCUUUUCAGAAAGCAACAAGAAAAGACAACCCCCAAAUAAAUGAAUGGUUAUGGCUGCAGAUAAUACACAUUAGUAAGAAUAUAAAAACUGUGCUUUUACUGUGAAAAUUAUCUCAAUGAUUUCAUAAGAAAUUAGUAGAGUGUGGGGACCAAAUUCUCAUUUAGGGUUAUAGUUUGCAGAAUCACAGUGCCCUGGUCAAGAGAAUCUCCAGCCUCCGGGGAUGAAGAGAUCCAUUCUGCAACUGACUAGUUCUUGGCCGGGAAAGAUGCUUUGCCAUCAAGAAAUGCCCAAAGAGAAUGGAAUAUGACCAUAUUGGGAGGUUAAUAUUCCCAAUGACCAUCCAGGAACCAUUGCAUAUUUAAACACAAGAAGGGAGAUUGUUGGCCAUUGCCCAACAGGAAUGAAUCCUUCUGGUGUCAAAACUCUUUAAAAAGAUUUUAAGGAUGAAAUGCUAAAUGAGAAAGGAAGUGUCUAUAAUCUAUGUUCCGUAACAAAAAACAGUUUUUUCUUUAUUCAUCUGUUUAGAUCGUCCUCCUUGGAAAAGACUGAGGUAAUUUUAAUUUUAUUAUUUUUUUUAAUCCUGCCUUCCAAGUCUUAAGGAAUUUGAUGCUUAUAGUUGACAGGUAAAGCACCUCUGAGAAAAAGAGAACAUUUAAAUUCUUAUAUCUUAACCUUUGUAAAAUGAAAGAUUAGUGAACCUGAAUCUACCAUCGGGCACAAAAUAGUGUCACUGUUUGUCCUCCUGGGCUAUAGAGGGGACACAGGAUGGUGCAAAUAGCUAUUUGCUAUUUGCAAAUUAAAUAGCUAUUUGCUAUUUCCUAUUAAAUAGCUUUGAGUUUAGAGGCAAUGGGAGCCUGAAAAAUGGACAAGCUGACAUAUUUCUGGUUUAUGACCUCUGUCCCCACUUCCUUCUUCUGGACACCUCCCAGCCAAAUUCCCUCCUCCUCGACCCCCACCCACACUCCCUCUGGAGUUAACAGUCCAUGGAAAAAAUUCCUUCCUUCCCUACCUCUCUCUCUUGUCUUGCUCUAAAUGAUGUACAUAAAAGUUGUUAGACAUUCCUAAGUGCCCUCACACUGGUCCCCAUUCCUGAAAGAUACAGAUCAAGACAUUAUCAAGGGGUCACCAUCUAGGUAUUCCUGGGUUGUUUUCUUUUUGCCAUGAAAAUAGCCAUACUCUCCUGCAUUACUGAGUGGCAGCAGAAGCAGAAGACUGCGUAGACUCACUCUCCUAUGCCCCAGUCAUGUCCAGGGGACCCCACGUCCACAGUUCAUAAAGUGGCACAUAAGCUGUGUCAUAGAUGUAGCCUGUGUAGACCCAGCAGAAACCCCAUCUUUCAUUUGACAAUGUGACUACGCACUCAUUUUUCCCACUCAUGUUCCUUGGCUUCACAUAUCAGGGGUCACCUAUGUUAUGCUUAACAGCUUUGUGAGGCAGACCCAGGUAAAGACACACUCAGAGGUAAAUUACCCAGGAUGAUUGCCUCCAUCCUCUGUACUGCCAAACAGAAACAGCAGACUGGUUGGUGAUUCUGCCGGCUAAAUGAUACGUGUUCUCAUAUCAUAUAUGCCAUCUUUAUUGUGCAUUAUAAGCAACGAAAGAUCCUGAAAAUGCAAAGAGAAAAAUGUGGUGCAGAGAAUAAAGUUUGGUUUAUGGAUCCAAGGAUAGACUUUCCUUAAGCAAACAUUACAUACAAUAUACAGAAAUGUUGACUAAAUUCCAUCUUUCCAAAAUCAAUGACUCCUUUAUAAAUAUUCAUUUAUGAAAGAACUCAGUUAAAAUUCGCCAAGUUAAACAAACAAACAAAAAAUAUUUAUAAUGCUAGAAGGAGACAACCUCCAAGAUUUCUUACAUGGACAAUUUUGAAUAGUGUCUCACCAAAGGGUGAUAUGCCCCUAAUUUUUUUUCCUAAACAAAAUGUAAUUCUAUAUCCCAGGAGGGAGGAAAAAAGAAUGUACCAUUAUUUGUUCGUGUUGGUUCAAUCAGCGAUUACUGGGACGAGAAAGAAUAAUGAACACGUUAUCUCAGUUUCCUGAAAGCGAACAAAGGUAAACUUGUGAACAGAAUGUAGAAUAAUAUUAUGUAAACUUCCUUGUAAAUUCUGUACAUAGUUCAUUGACUUGUUCCCUGUUGCGUGGUGGUCUUCGGCUUUGGGUGGGUGUUUGAACAAUCUGAGCAUUGUAAAUAAUGUCAGCUUCUAAGGCACUUGCUUUUAUUCACGAAGUGAAGCAACUAGUGAUUUGGGCCCAAACCAGAAUCUCUUUCGCUCUUGCUGUUUCUCUGCCAUUUUGUGUGUGUGGUUGUGUGACUCUGCCAGGCAUCUCUCUGCCCCCUGCCUUGUGGCCCCACCCCGCAGAAAGGAACAGUAGCCGCAGACACGGCUGCGCUCUGGUGGGGUAUGGGAAUGGUGCGCCAGCAGAGACAGGAACUGUAGCGAACUGCUUCUGGAACCGUGUCGUGAAAAGUAGAUGUGUUUGUAUCAGUCAUUCGUGGCUAUUCAUAUAUCGAAAUACCAAAUUUUCCACGCUGUUGAGGGGUCAGGAAUGGAAGAGAUGUUCAAAAUCCACAGGUAAUCCAAAGCUUCCUUUGCACCAAUAGCUCCAGCUUCUAACUUUUUUCCUUCCACAAUAUUUCCCAGAACUUUUAAUGAGAAUAGACGUGAAUGGAUGGGUUUGAUCAGGGCAAACACACAGUCAAAUGUCCAAAUGAUGGGAAGGAGAAAAGGAAGAGACAGCAAAUGACACUGAAACACCAACUGGCUAAUGAAUCCCUCAAAAAUGCAGAGGUAACUAUGUUACUGUUUCUAAAAGGUAAAGAGAGAGAUCGGCAAUUAAAGCAAGUAUUUUUCAACUGGGGGCCCAGGGUUGUGUUUGAUAUGUGUUAGUUAAACUUAGAAUCUGGUAAUUAAAUAUUUUCACAUAUAUUUCUCCCAAGUCCUGAUAUUCUUGCAAAAGACGUCAGAAGGCUGGGACAUUCAGGCAUACGCUGUGUUUUCAUGCCAGCUGGCAGUCCCAGAGAAGGUGAUGGAGUCUGCAGAAAUUCAGAAUAUCUCAGCAAGCCAGGACAUAGAUUGGUUUUUUAGAAACAUUUUUAGAAUGAACCGUGUCUUUCUUGGAGCUAAGAACUUGGCAAGACAGGACUUUUUGUACCAGGAUUUCAUGUACCCGGAGAAUCAUUUUGGUUCCAAAAUGUGUCAACCAGUGUCCAUCAGUAAUCAAAUAAGAAAAAGUGUCCUAUAGAAACUAACAAGGUCAGUCAAUUUGUAGAUCCAGAAUACACUGUGCUUUUACUCUAAUCAUGUUUUUUCUAUAUAACAGAAAUCAACUAAACUGACAGAAAAUUGUUAAAAGUUAUAAUUUCACAAGCCACAUUUGAAAGGAAACCUUUGGUAAGAGAAGAACUGCAAACCAGAAAAUACUAAGUUUCUAAAAGGGUAAGAAUAAAGAGUUUUGAGUUUACUUUUAGUUCUCCGAUAGCAAGAAUUUCCUUAUUUGGAUGGAAAAGGUCUAACAGUUGUCUUGUUUGGUUUUGUUUUUCCUAAUCAAAAAGUCUUUGGUACAUCAAGGGGCUCACGGUCGUUCCUGAUUGGCCACUAGAUACCUUGCACCUCCUUGAGCAACCAGCACUCAUCACAAAGAUUUCAGUAGGAAAUCAAUGUGGGAAAAAAUAGGUGUAUUGUUGAACCGGUUGGAAAGAAACCCAUUCUCAAUAAUGACUCUACCGGUAUUUCCUGUCUGGACGACAACAGAAAAAUAAAUCAGGAGUAGAGAGGCCAAAUAACAUUACGCAUUUGCCUUAGGUACACAGGGUCACAGAUUCACCUAGCUUCAAACAGCUCCCGUUAGAAGCCAAAGGAUAAAUAUGAGCAAUCGGUAUUGCCAUCUGGCUUUCACCUCUCCCUGGGUUUCCUCUUGAGGAGAAACAGUAAAGGGGGAACAUUUUCCAAUAUGACUUUUUUAUAGGUGAAAAUGAUUAAAAUACGAUAUGCGUGUGCACCAUGCAGGUUUGGCUGCGUGCGAAAUACAUUACCUCUCUCGUGCUCAUUCCCUCCCAGCACCAGACGCCAUCUUGCCUCCUGCCUUAACCCAACAGAAUCAAUUCAUGUUGCCUCCUCGUCAUUUGAAACCUCCUGAGUUAUGUGCCCUUGCAUAGCUGAAAGCUUGUAUUGUGUAUCUUCGAUUCACAAAACAAUGAAUCUUAAUAAUCUCCCCCAGAUUCUUAGUCCUAUUGCCUUUAAAAGGUCUUUGGAAGGAGCUUUGGAAUCUGGGUAGCCUCCUCCAAACUGCUUCGGGUUAUUUUUCUUUUCUGCUUUUCUGUCCUGUAUGUCAAGAGUACAUGUUUACAUAAAUCUCGUCUCCCUCCGCCCAAUUUAAAAUAAAGUGGAAAUAAAAGUCAUUAGCUCAAACCUGGCAAAAUUCACAUUAUCUACACCAAAGCUGGAUGACAAGAACGUCCCCCAACAUUCUAGUGGCGGGACGGUGAGUUCACACUGUAUCAGCUCUUGUCCGUCAAACUCAUUUCUCACGCCCUCCUUCAGCCUUAACUGUAUGCCUUUAAGAAACCUAUUAUUAUUCCAGAAUGGUUUCUCAUUCACAGCAUACACUGCUGGUUACAGACCAUCCUCUAGGAACUCUUUUACUCCUGUUACAGAUUCUGUGUCUGUGCAUCACCCCACCAACCCCCCCUCAGCCUUCUAACAGACAUUAAAUGUAGGAAGACAAGUCAUAAGGCAGACUUGUCCAAACUUCCCCUAUGAAAUUAUACAGAACAUCUUUUUCCUCCAAACAGCCUUCCUCUACUUAGAGAACAGAGUCCUCUACACAUGCACCAAGCAACGUGAAGACUAACUUCAAAAAAUUAACAGUAAGUGAGCAGCAUGGUGGAGAGAGGGAAAUUAUAGCGGGUGGAAGAUACCCUGGAGUUAGGACUGCAUGACGUGGCCUGUAUGUUGCCUCUAGCGCUGCCCAGUGUUUCCGGACAUGCCACCAGAUGAUUCCCAAGUUCUCUCCCAGAUUUCCACCAGUGGGAACCAAGUUCCCAGCUACAUUUCAAAAGGAAUUUUAGAGAGGUUCAUUUGUCCAGGAAGUUACUGGAAAGAUACAGGAGCACUGUAGGCUCUGCUAACACAGCCCCAUAAAUUCAGUAAUAGUUCUCAUUGUCUAUCUGUGGGAGUCAGUCAUCAGGGUAAACUGUCUGGUGUUAAGUGAAUCUAAUUUAAUACCUCUUCAAAUUCCUUUAAAUAUACAUUGAAGUUACAAUACUUCGAAAUUUAAAAUAAAUUUAUAGGCAAAUGGCCAAAAAUAAAUUAUUUUAUAAUUUUAGUAAUGGUCUACACUACAAUAUUACCCUCCAAGGGCACUGGACAGACUCAGAUAGCAUGUAUCAGUGUGGUCUCUAUUUUUAGAUCUCUGGAAGAUACAGCUCCUCUAGGCCACUCUCUGUGUCUCAGUCAGGAAAAGCCCUGAAAUACCCCCUUAGGUGUGGAAAAGCCCAGGUCUAGGCAGCAUCUAAGCAGAAACACUGUGGCGGUGCCCUUCAAUGUUUGUCCCCCAGAGCCGGCCCCCAUCGCUCUCUGUGCUCAGUAAGCAGGAGCAGCAGGUGGGGUUAAGCUCUUAGACAAGGGGCAGCCUCCCACCAGGUUGGAAAACAUUCCAGGUCUUUAGGACCUCUGUUAUCCGCUCUCCCUGCCCCACUUUACCAAACCCCCUCCCAUUCCCCACUUCACCAGUUCAAUCUGACAGAUGUUUUAGGCACAGCCAUGACGUAACUGAAAGUUUGCUUGAUUAAACUGAGGUUAGCAGAUCUAGCUUUCUGUAUAUUUAAAGCAUGCACCCUCCCCAUUCCAGCCUCUGAGCCUGAUUCCCGGGGAGAUCUCUGCCCACGGGUGUUCUUAACUUCUUCCCUUUUGCCAAAGAUACCUUCCAACUCUAAACUUCCAUGAUUCUCCUGAGAGCCCCACCCCCCCAUCAUUCAGAAUUGUUAGGAGAAUGCCUAAAAAUUCCUCCUUCCCAUGGUAGACCAGUCUACCCAUGAGAUGGCCGCUUUUUUGUCAAGUUAGCCUAAUAUCCUGUCCCUUGACCUCGCACACCCUCUAUAACCUCCCGUUCCAAACUUCCCAUGUGCAGAUGUACUCAUCACUUCUCGAGUAGUGAGCUUAUAGUUUUCUUUUUCAGGUUUCUCAUACUUUUACCUUGAGAUAGGUUCAUAUUUAACGGCAUCCUUUUAAAAACAGAGGAAGCACUUGUAAGUCUGCAAGUUCUCACCAAGAUGAAAUGAAUACUUACAAAGAUGAAAAGCAAUUAGGAUUCAUUCAGGUACAAGUAACCAAAAACACAACUAAAAGUAACUUCGGCAAGCAAAAUGAUAUAGCUCUUAUAACAAUAAGUGCAGGAGUAGGGUGGUUACUGGCUUAAUUAUUUCAAUAGCACAACUUCGUCCAGGACCCAGGCCCCUUACCAGGACCAGUUCUUCCGAACUCUGUAUGUUACCGGCACCCGCUGGGGUUGCAGCAUGGCUAUACUCAGGAACUCAUAUCAAGUGGCAGAAACAAGGGAAAGUCCUGUGUAGGUCUCUUUUGAAGAGCCAGGAACUCUCCCCCAAAAACCUCCCCCAGCCAUUCUUUUUCAUUCCUUUGGCUAGGGUUGGAUUGCACAACCCCUUCUGAACAAGUUACUGGUAAAAGGAAUGAAAUUAUCAUGAUGGGGUUACAUUAUUGACCCAAAGCAUUGUCCAAUGCCUGGGGCAGGGGAGAAAAUGGAAUAUGUUAACAAAAAGAAGGAAGAAUGGGCUUUUGAGUAGAUACCCAGUUGUGACUGCCACGCAUCGGUCUAAGGUAUCAGAAAAUACUUCGUUACACAGAAUUUCAUGAUUCCAUCUUCCCUACAGCCCUGUGGUUAUGAUGACAAUACCAAUAUAUGGAAAUAGAGGCUAAAUAGGUUAAGUUAUUUACCCCACAUCGAUAACUAGUUAGUGAUAGAGUUAGUAUUUGAUCUGAGUUUGUUUUUUUUUUUUCUGGCUGCAAAGGCAAAGCUUUGUCUACUCAAUCACACUGCCUAGAUCUAACCCUUUUUACCUCCAUGAUCCUCCGAGCUGGGUGGCUCAAACAUAAGAGGAGAGUAGGAAGAAAAAGAACAAUUUCCAUUCCCAACAUCUAGAUAUUAUGCCCAGUAAAUAAACACUUCUGUUCUUUUUUUAUCCUGUUCCCCCUCCCUGCCCUUGCCCCCCCCCCAACAAACACACAAAAGCCUUUCAUUAUACUCUUGAGGGAAAGUGUAGAAGGAACAGUUCACAUAACAACUGAAUAGCCUGAGGUGUGCCCCAGUUCUUUUGGGAUAAUAUUACAAGGUUAGGGGACCACAUGCCCCAGUUUCCCUGAGACAUUCCCAAUGUAUAAUUACCAACUGAACCACAUUUCACUCUCAGAUCUGUCCAUUUAAAUAACAACUAUAUAGUCACACUAAUUAUGGGUCUCAUAAUCCCCAUACCUGUGUAUAUGGGAAAUAUUGAUAAAUUAACACCUUAAAGAAAAUACAUGCCUUGGCUCCCUAUGAAUCACUUAAGUCUGACCUCAGUCUCUCCAUCACUCAGGGUCAUUUAGUCUCUCAUUUUUCCCCUGACCCACCCUCAAGCUAACUAUUCCUCAGGUCUUUCCUACCCUUCCACUGAAAGGACUGCCACUUCUCAUCCCAGAAUGUUCUCCUUGCUGUGCUUGAAGUUUUACAUUUUAUUUCCAUGGCCCAGAUUUUCCUCUUGCCUAGCCCCUCCCCAAUGGGUGGAUUAUGAAUCAAGCCACCAUCAUCCAGAAAGCCAACCACGAGCGAUCUUCCCUCAUUCUGUUCACUCUCCUGCUACCACUCCUUCGAUUCCUGUGGCCACUAAGUCAGUAAUAAUGGAUGCUUGUUGAAUUUGUGGUUAUCUUCCGGUAGUUUUGCAAAUAGAGGUUCCCCUUCUCUAAAUAAAGUGUAAGGUCUUUAAGGGUAAAUGCCCCAUUUUCUAAUUCUUCUGUAUUGCCCAAAGCACCUAUUGAUCUUAUCAUGGUAGAGUCUAUAAAUGACCUACUUUGGUAAAUGUAGCAACAGAAAAAUGUAAUUUCGUAACAGGCAGUCCUUCAGGAUUACAGGUAACACCAUGUGAAACAGGAGCCGCCUACGCCCUCCCCCAAGUUACCUUAGUUCCAUAGAGCCUACAUACAACUUCUAACUGGAUAAAACAUGCAGUCAACUUACAGAGGAACCCAGGUUUGGGUCCGUGCAAAGUGAUUACGGAGAUUUUUCCCCAUUACUCACGACUAAACAGACUAAAUCGUGAUAACACCAUUCUAGAUUCGACCAGUUCUGGCAAAUUGAACUUUCCAUGUUGAUUACUACUCCUUUAACUUUAUGGAAACAGGAAAUUCUUCGUUCUAAGUCUCACUUUUCACCCAUUUAUCCCCAUUUGCCUUAUUAAAAGCCUUCUGAAUCUAGGUUCUGUGGGGGUGUUUACUCUCCCAGUUGGGACUGCACUGCAUAAUUGGAACACUCUAAUGUGAAUUCCAAGAGAAUACUUCUAGACGGUAUUGCACACCAAAUUUCACUUCUGCCAAGAAAUAGAAGGUUUAGAACUCCCUAAGAGGGACGGACAGUUAGUUCUUCACUGUCCCUCAAGAUUGCCUAAAAUAGAUAUACAGAGAAAUACCUUUUCUGCACCCCUCCGUUCAAUUGUUAACUUUCCUGUUCUCCUGUUAUGUAUAUUAUUUACAAAUUUGCAUAAAAGAAAUACAUCAUUUGCAAGCCUUACCUCAGAGUGGCAACCAGCCACCCCAGUUUUACUAGAUAACGUAUUUUUCUACUUGAUAUUCCCCCAAAUACAUUGAAUUGCAGUGUAUCUUUUUCUUUUUUUAAGCUAAUCAACUCAUGUUAAUCCGUUUCCUACAUCUUUUUAAAAUACUCACUGGAUAAAGCUUGAAAUAUUUUAUAUUUUGCGACAAUGCUCCUGAGACAUUUUUAGGGAAGCCCCUUGAUUAUUCUAACUCACUGCAGUGUGAUGGAUAGCAGAAUUAUAAAUACAGUGAUAUUUCACAUUCAGAACAUCCACUACUAAGUAGGGAAUGCUCGAGAUUAGAUAUGCAUAUAUUUAUUGACUGUGUUGUUCAACUCCUUAGAGAGGGCCAGUAACCCUCUUGGUAAAAACUAUCAUGUGGCAUUAUUCCAAAGUCAAGAUUGCAUGAGGUUUCCAGAAAUUCUAAAUGAUAUGUUUACAAGGACUAAAAAUUUUUUGACAUCUUUAAAUAAGCUUUUUAUUUUUGACCACCAGGCAGCAUUUUGUGCCAUUGUGAUGGGAACCUAAUGGCUAAUGUGAAAUAAUGUCGUGUCAUUUCAAAGGUUAAUGGAAAUGUAAAUUGGAAACUUUAACAUUGUGUAAAUAAAAAUAAAACUGUUUUUGAGAGAAACACAUCUGGGUUAGGGUGGCUUGCUUGAAAAAUUCUCUUGGCUGUCCAUCAUCUCUGAAUAAUUAUUCUAUUCCCCUGACUUUACCCAAGAAGACUCAACCUGAGGCAAAGAUCUUUUGACAGUGAUUCAGAAGGUUUGGGAAAGCAGGACUCAUUAGGCUAGAGUCUGGGGAAUUUCUAUCCUGCCAACAGGAACACCUCUCACCUAAAACCUGAUGCAAUUAAAAAAUUAGCGAAACUUUCCAGACCAGUCUCCUGCUAUUUUAGUUCACAGCACCCUGUCCUAACUAGCUAGGGCUUUCAAAAGCAGGUGCUACUUAUACACAAAAACUCAUACCUUGUGUUGCCUCUCAAAAUCUGUUAUGCUUAACUCACCAAAUAUGUUGGAAUAUGUUAAAUGUCUUUUCUCUUGUUUUUAAAUCUCCUCUAAUCCAUUUUCUGAAUUGUCUAUUUACCCUCCUACCAAACAGGCAUUAGCUAAUUCAUAUCCUGAUUGGCAUUACACAGUUCUUGUAAAUAAAAUAAUCCCUUUGUCCCUCUUGAUUUUUCAGCAGGCAGAACUUCUUUAAUUGCAAAGAAACAUAAAAUACAACAUAUUAAUUUUCUUUUGACAUAAGCAUUUGCUUUCUUACAUAAACAGAUAAUACUUUUGUAUACCGACAGACCACCUGAGGAGCUAAACAGCCGGAAUAAGUAUUUCUGGAAACCAACAGAAAUUUUAAUGAAAUGGGAAAGGUUUUAAAAAUGCAAAGAAAUGAAAGGUGGACUCUUUACUUUUAUAAUUCCAGUUCUUAUUUUAUAUCAAUAUAUGCUGCAUUUUCUGACUGAGACUGCUGUUCUAAUGAACCUUGAGAUUUUUCUGUAGCUGCUUUUAACAUUUGAAACCAAACUUUCAUACAGGGUGUUGGACUGUAAUCUUUCUAUUAGGGAUUUGAUUAAAAUAUCCUGUUUCAUUAAUCCCCCUUUUACAUGCUACAAGUAUGUGACGUUAUGACUUUGCUAUCUCAAAAACUGUCUGUGGACAAAAUCCAUGAAGCCUGUAGACUGUGAUUUCUACCCAUCAAAGAAGAAAUAGAUCUCCCUCUAAGCAGUGAAUCAGCAAGAAACUGUGCAGUGUCCUCUGAUUCCUGACCCUUUUACUUCUCAUGGCCUUUUUUCUAUUCUUAUUCAUUGAGUAAUCAUGUAUUCUUGUAAAAUAAAAAAUCCACUUACAU